AAUACUCUGAAUAAUUCUUCUGGAAAUAAACAUGGCAGCAAAAACUAAUUACGAAGAUCAAGAUCUAAACAAGGAUUUAGAAAAUUUAUCUCUUUCGGAAAAAAGGAAUAAUCGGCAACAUGUUGAAAUUCCUGUGAAAAAACUACUUCAUUAUGUAUCAUAUGAUCGGUGUAAUGAAAAGCCUAAUGGUAUUUUUUUUCCAUAUCCUGAUACUGCUGCUAAUUUAGGAGAACCUUUGAAGCAGAGACCAUUAAAAUUGUAUUCAGUAGCAACAGCUGAUCCUCCAGAACUAAUAAUCAAAUUCUUGAAUAUCAAAGAUAAAGUAAAAAUAUCUUUGAAAGGAAGUGUAAUUUUUCAUGGGGAGAUAAGUGUUACAUUAAACGAUUUCAACCCUCAUGAUGUUUUUGAAAUAGAUUUUGAGCUUAAUGACGACACAAUGGAUAUGGGCCUAAAUCGAAUUGAAAAUAUUCGUAUUGGAACAUUUAAUAUAAGGAAACACGAUGAUAUAGUUGCUCUUAGCAAGGCUAUCCAAUAUUUUGAUUUAAUAGUGCUACUAGAAGUUUCUCAAAGCAAUAUUAAUAUUAAAGGACUAGAACGGCAUCUUUGGAAGUUAGAGAACAAUUCUCAGCAUUGUUUAUAUUACAAAUUGGAGAGCAGUUAUGAUGGUGAGAAGGAAAAAUGUGUUUACUUUUACAAUACGAGAUAUUUUAUUGCCAUGAAACCGAAUUAUGAUGAAGGAAAAAUUGAAAAUUUACAAGGACAUUUCAAAUUCACACCAUUCAUUGUUUUAUUUCAAACCAAGUUUUGUCUUCUUGAAGAGUUUAUAUUCAUUCCUUUGCACAUAACUACAGAAAGUGGUAAAACUUUUUCAGAGCUAAACAAGCUAAAUGAUGUAGUUUCAAUCUUAGAAAAUGAAACACAAAAAAAUUUUAUAAUUGGCGGAGAUCUUAAUCUUGGAACGGCAUUUAUGAAGAAAGAAAAAAUACAUUAUUUUCUUGGUAAAAUAAAAGAAUGGAGAUGGGAGCCUUGUGUCAUGUCUUCAGACAUGUUGUACACAAAACCAAACUCAAGAACAUACUAUGAUAGGUUUGAAAGAACAUUUCUAGUUUGAAUUUAAUGUUUCAAUUACAAAAUUAUAUUGCUUCUCUUUUUUCCAAUUUUUAGAUUAUAUAUCAAAGGGAAUGAUAUAAAAAAAAUUUUUGUUCAACAUAGUGGAAAACCAUUUUACAAUAUUACAUUUAGUGAUCACUUUCCUAUUGGAUUUGAAAUCGAAUCGCAAAUAUCUCUAACAGAGCCGGAUCCGAGUUCUAUUAAGAUAAUGAUAGAUAAAAGUAUAAAUUUAAAAAACCCAUUUCUUAUUGUAAAACCAUCUUUACUAUUUGCUUAUAAACCAAGACACAGUACUGCAUGGUUCAAAUAUUACGAAAAAGGAUAUGCUAUAGAUAACAAUAGCGAUGAAAAUAAUAUUUUUAGACUGGUUCUUGGUGAAUAUUUUUACGAUUUUAACAAACGUAUAUAUCCAAUUUAUUUGUAUUGCACAACAGAAAAUCAUACAUACUGUAUUCAGUUUGAUUGCAAUAGUUACAUGUUCUGCUUAAAUUAUAAUUAUUUAGUUCUUGAAGUAUCAAACAUUGAUUAUUUCAACUUUCUUAAAGACUAUCGUUUUCAAUUAAAAAUAGGCAAUUGUCACUUUUGUUUGAUGGGAGCAGUUAUCUAUCAUAAAUCGAAAUUAAUGUCAAUGUUUGACUUUUCACUACAAACUAAAAAGGUUAUAAUAAGCUAUGGCAGCAAUGAGCGUACUCAUGACAAUGACAAGAAAUAUAUUGUCUUUUUGAGAAGGAUUGAAUAAUCAAUUCUAAGUAAUCAAGAUUAGUGCGAAUAUGCAAAUUUAGGAGUUGUAAGUAAGCUUUGUAUGCAGUGUAUUAUUCAACAACUGUUGCUGUUGACCAUGAAAAUGAAGAUCCUGGAUGGGAGCCAAGUGUUUCUUUUUCCUUGUUGCUAAAUAUUUAAUUUAGAAACAUUCUUUUUUUUUCACCAUUUGUUUAAAAAUUUCCUGUGUUUUUGACUACUAUCUGUUUAUCUGAAUAAAUUCUGAGGUGUAUUGCUAGUAGUUUUUUGCAUUAGAAUGCAAAUUACAUUGCAUUUGAAAUUUGGAGAAUAUUUUUAAAAAUUUGUACAUAGCAUGUCAGCUGUUGAAGUGACGCCAUAAUUUUUUUGAAGGGGCUGCAAGAGAAACAAUGACAAUUCAAUUUUUGAAAUGAUAAGUAAGUCUAAUUUUUUUUUGUUUUUUGCUUUUUUAAUCAUUUUCUUAUAAAAUUCACAAUCAACAAAACAAAAUUCAAUUAUUCCUCUACACAUUCAAAUAAAUUAUGUUUGUUUUUCUAUUUAAAAUACUUGAAGAAAUCACAUAUGACAUUUCUUAAAGGAUGAUAAAAAUUUUCAGCAAUGUAAAAAUGUUAAUAUGACAAUGUUCUUAAAUCCAAAUGCUUUGAGCAAAUUGGCCAUAUGAGAUUGUCAUACUCAAUUUUAUGAUUUAAUCAACAUCUCCUUUUUGUAAAAAUUCAUAUUCCUGAAAUAAAUAAAAAAGAAUAAUUUUUUCUGCCUAGAAUGAUUAGGAAAAUUUUUGGCUAAACAAAGACCUUCUACCAGCACUGUGACAUUGAGCAGUGUCUCCAUUACUCCAAAAUAGUGUUUUCAAAGAACUAAAUUGUCUAUAAAUUGUAACUGGUUGUUAUAAAAUAUAUUUAAAUCAUGCUGCAAUCAGUAACUGUCUUUUUUAUCAUUUUUUUGAGCACAAAUAGUAGAAAUGUUCAUUUAAUUGUAAUAAUAUAUUUGAAUAUUGUAAAUUUUUCAUUCAUUAUGUCCCUUUUUACAUCCUUUGUAUGUCGUGUUUUUAGAUGUCACAAUUUAAAGUUUCAAGUAAUUUUACUACUUCUGCAAAACAAAGAAAAACAUCUGAAAUUGCUGAGAUAGCUACUGUAGAAAGAAAUGGCGUUAAGCAUACUAAUAAAUCAUUUAUGUCUAUAUUUUCUAUAAUUAUGUUUAGUUAUUCAUUAAAUUAUUAUCAGACUUUUUUUUUAAUAAUAAAUUUCUGGUGCAAUGAAAAGUAAUAUUUGAGCUAAGGUUCCUAUGAAGAGUAUGAGAAAGUACUCAAGAAAGAAUGAUUAAGUUUGUCAGUUUGAAAAUGGGAAUGGAGAGAGAAAGAGAGCAAAAGAUAGGGAGAAAGAGAGAGAAGUAUCUUCUAGUGCACUGCUUACUGAAUAUUGAUUUCUGCCAAAAUUACACUUAUUAAGAAUAAUUGUGGACUAACUUGAAAGAUUCUAUUUGUUUGAGUACUUUGGUGAAUUAGUAAAUGAUUGGAAAGGACAAAUACAGUUGUGACGAAUGAGAAAUUCCUACUAUACAAGAGAGUACAGUCUGUAAAUAAUUUUAGAGGAAAUCCUUCUGUUAAAUAAAUAUUUGAUACUCUUGCUA